CCGGACCUAGUACGGAGCGGGCACUGCUCAGGACAAGAUCGCGACGGUAGAUCACGGUGGCACAACAGUUACAAGUGCAGGUAGAGCAAGCAAUUACAAGAAGUCGUGUGCAGACCGUGGUCAACGCGUGGGAUUGUGCAUGGAAACAAGAGUUUAAGCGCGACAAGUUGUAAUUUAUCGAUCGCGAAAAAAAAGAACUACAAAUCGGUACCGUGGAGUGAAGGUCGGCUUGGUUUAUAGCGGUGAUUGAUGAUUUGUAUCCAUUUGCAACGGAAAGUGAGAGUGAAUGCAGCGUUGAAGAUUGGACACAGUACCUGUGAUAAAUCGAUAGACCGUGACGGCGAUCUUUGAUAGACAAACGGGGAUCUACACAAAGUAGCAUGACGGCAACGAGUGCGAAAAAGAGUGACUCCAAAUGGAACCUGGACCCGAUCCAGCGCGCCAUGGGUCAGCUGGGCUGGUGGCACAUCAUGGUUUGCGCGGUGGUGUUCCCCCUCAAGUUUCCCGUGGCCUGGCACCAGAUGGGCAUCAUCUUCCUGGGUGCGGCCAUGAACUACACCUGCGCCUCGAACACGACGCUGGACGCCUGUUCGAAGGAAUGCACCAGCUGGGAGUACGAUCGCAGCGUGUUCACCUCGACCAUCAUCAGCGAGUGGGAUCUGGUGUGCGAAAAAUCUAAUCUGGUCAAUCUGUCCCAAACUAUUUUCAUGUUUGGCAUACUGGUCGGUGGAGUGGUGUUUGGGUCGUUGGCGGAUAAGUUUGGACGACGACCCCCUAUGGUGGCUGCGGUCAUCAUUCAGCUCAUCUCCGGUGUUGCGACCGUUUAUAUUCCGUGGUUCUGGGGAUUCGUUGUUCUGCGCUUUAUUACGGCCGUUGCCACCGGUGGAACGAUGGUCACCAGUUUCGUUCUCAUCAUGGAAAUCAUUGGCCCCAAGUGGCGCGAGCUGUUCUCCGUGCUGUACCAGAUUCCGUUCAACCUGGGUCAUCUCACGCUAGCGGGAUUCGCGUAUUUCCUACGUGACUGGCACCACUUCCAGUUUGGAAUAUCGAUCUUUUCUGUUCUGCUGAUUUCGUACUACUGGCUGGUCCCGGAAUCGCCUCGCUUCUUGUUCACCUCUGGUAACACGGAGCGAGCGGUCGAAGUGCUGGAGAAGGCUGCCAAGUGUAACAAACUGUCAACGGACAACAUCCGUAGCGAGGUGGAGCAAUUCGCCAAGACGAAGAACACUGCCGUAGCGGCCAAAGGCAACGUGUUCGAUUUGUUCCGCACGCCAAACCUGCGCGCCAAAACCCUGUACAUGUGCUUUAACUGGUUCGUCUGUGGACUUGCGUUCUUCGGCGUGGCCCAGUACAUCGGACACUCGGGUGGUGACAUCUUUGUCAACGUGGCCAUCGGAGCCGCCCUGGAACUUCCCGGAACGCUCAUCUGCAUCUACAUGAUGAAGGCGUACGGACGUAAAAAGACCCUCAUCACAUCGAACACCGUCACCGGGUUGACCAUGCUGGCGAUCGCCUUCGUGCCACAAAACGUGACCUGGCUGAACGUUGGCCUUGCGUCGAUUGGCCUCGUCGGCAUGAGCAUCUCCUUCCCAACGGUUUACCUGUACGCGGGAGAGCUCUUCCCAACGGUGGUGCGAAACGUUGGCAUCGGAACAGCCUCGAUGAUUGCCCGGAUCGGUUCCAUGAUUGCUCCAUUCGUGGCCGGAAUGGGAGCUCUUGCCUAUUGGUUGCCGCCGGUAAUCUUCGGUUUGACGCCACUUAUAGGUGCGUUCUUUGUAUUUUUCCUGCCCGAAACUCAGGGUCACCCGCUGCCGGAGACCAUCGAAGACGGAGAGAACUUUGGCAAACGACGAUCAACGGACGGAGUCGAGAACGGAAGGCACUAACUCUCAGAAAAAUCCUAUUUUAGUUUGUAUUUCAGUGUUCGCUUGACACUCGCCACUCGCUCCACAAGGAGAGUUCAUCUACUCCUACAGAUACCAUAACAUUGAACGACGAUGAUUUCAGAAGGAUCUACAUCGCUCCUCAAACUCUCUCUUUGAACACUAACUCUAUUUUAAAUACUACUAGCGAAGCUAAUCCGUUACGUUCUGUCGUAUAUGUGUACAAAAAAAGACAAUGUUGUAGUUUUUAAUGCCAAAAUAUGCCCAUACGUGAAUGAUAUUUUCGUGUAAGUGAUACAACAAUAAACCAAUUUAAGAUUUUUGAAA